CACGCUUCGUUUGCUUCCCGCUCCCACCGCCACCACCCACCAAUCGCACUCGCAGUUGGCGCGCGCUCCCGUCCUAACCAAGCAAAACCCACAACCCUAGCCUCCGCCGGCGCCGCCAUCUGCCGGGCCUCCCUCCGGUCCCGGCCGACCGUAGCCUCGCAGCACCCUAACCCUAUCCCUCCCCCGCUGCCGCGGGAGCAGGGUAAAAAAAUGCCGCGUGAGAUCAUCACGAUCCAGGUGGGGCAAUGUGGAAACCAGAUCGGGAUGGAGUUCUGGAAGCAGCUCUGUCUCGAGCACGGUAUCGGCAAGGACGGCCUGCUCGAGGACUUCGCCACUCAGGGGGGCGACAGGAAGGACGUCUUCUUUUACCAGGCUGAUGAUCAGCACUUCAUACCCAGGUCUCUGCUUAUUGACCUGGAGCCGAGAGUGAUCAAUGGAAUCCAGAACAGUGAGUACAGGAACCUGUACAACCACGAGAACAUAUUUGUCGCUGAGCAUGGUGGUGGUGCCGGGAACAACUGGGCCAGUGGGUAUCAUCAGGGUGAACAAGUUGUUGAUGAUAUCAUGGACAUGGUUGACAGAGAAGCAGAUGGAAGUGAUAGCCUUGAGGGUUUUGUCCUUUGUCAUUCUAUUGCUGGUGGAACUGGUUCAGGUAUGGGUUCUUAUCUGUUGGAGACACUGAAUGAUCGAUACAGUAAAAAGCUUGUGCAGACAUAUAGUGUUUUCCCAAAUCAGAUGGAAACAAGUGAUGUUGUCGUCCAACCUUACAACUCACUUUUAACUCUGAAGCGUCUGACACUGAAUGCUGACUGUGUGGUGGUUCUUGACAAUACGGCUCUUAAUAGGAUUGCGGUCGAGCGUCUUCAUUUAUCAAAUCCUACAUUUGCACAAACAAACUCUUUGGUCUCCACAGUUAUGUCUGCAAGCACAACUACAUUGCGGUAUCCUGGAUAUAUGAACAAUGAUCUGGUUGGCCUUCUUGCCUCCCUGAUCCCCACUCCAAGGUGUCAUUUUUUGAUGACAGGCUAUACUCCACUGACUGUUGAGCGCCAGGUUAACAUGAUACGCAAAACAACAGUAUUGGAUGUUAUGAGAAGACUUCUGCAGACAAAGAAUGUAAUGGUGUCAUCAUAUGCUCGAACAAAAGAAGCCAGCCAGGCUAAAUAUAUCUCCAUAUUGAACAUCAUUCAAGGGGAGGUGGACCCUACACAGGUUCAUGAGAGCCUGCAAAGGAUACGUGAAAGGAAGCUUGUUAACUUUAUAGACUGGGCACCUGCAAGCAUUCAGGUUGCCCUGUCAAGAAAAUCCCCAUAUGUUCAAACAACCCACAGGGUUAGUGGUCUGAUGUUAGCUAAUCAUACGAGCAUCCGCCACCUGUUCGGCAAAUGCCUGGGACAAUAUGAAAAGCUAAGGAAAAAGCAGGCUUUUCUUGACAACUAUAGGAAAUUCCCAAUGUUUGCAGAUAAUGAUCUCUCUGAAUUUGAUGAAUCUCGAGAGAUAAUAGAGAGCCUAGUUGAUGAAUACAAGGCCUGUGAGUCGCCAGACUACAUUAAAUGGGGAAUGGAGGACCCUGGAGAGGCAAACGUUGCAGCAGAUCUUGACUCUAAGUUGGUAGUGUAAAUAUAAAGAUUCUGCAGCAAGGAGUCGAACAAAAGUCCAAGAACAUGCUCCCAAGCUGCUGCAUAAGAUCUCCCUGCAGCACCAGCACUUUAAAGGCAAGCCCUAGUUUUAUGCAUAACCGUUACUAUGCUAUUUUGCUGUAAUUAUUUUUGUAGGCUUGUAUUGUGCACUAAGUGUAGGAGUUGUUUGAAACCUUGUUGCAUGAACUCAAGUUCCUUUAUGAGAUGAAUACUAGUAUGCUAGGUCGAGUAGCUGCUAUGCUAAUCAAGGAUCUUGGUAGAAGUCAAGUUAUUUUUCUAGCACUCACACGAGGCCAUGAAUUGGUUGUAUCCAUUUUUGAUAAAUGGGAUUAUGAUGGCUUGUGGACACGGGUCCCUGGUGGAAGCCCUGUCUAUAAGACAUAAUCGGAAUAAGGAUUAACGUGUGGAUACUUGUGGAAAGCGUUUGAACGUACUAAACACAUACCAAGAAAUAUGAUAAAUCGGUAAGCCUAGUACCUUAGUGAACCUGCCCGUGGACUUCUCUCCUCACUCGUCGCGAAAUGUGGUCUCCCAUGCUAGCAAUAGUGGGGUGCAAGGGCAGUUACUGCACGGCGUCAGUCAGGGUCAGUGGGGCAUUGCAUGCCAAGGCGGUGGGCCCUGUUCUGUUGCUAAAGAAUCGAUGGGAUGACUGAUGUGUGUGGGAAUGGAGUGCCCCUGCAUGUCGUGUGUCCACGUUUACCUAGCAAGGUUAAAACUCGAUUCGAAUUGUCUGCUUCUCGCAGCUAAUGAGACUGCUUGAUCCAUUAUACUGCAUUGAGUAAAAAGUGGAAAUGAUGUUACUUGUAAAAAUAUGUUGAUUGACUUAAUGUUUGAUACCAUGUAUGAAUAGCUAGGUGCUCACCUAGUCUAAAGUAUUAUUCUAGAACCUGAAAAGCUAAAACUUGACUUCGACUCGGCUAGUGCUUUUAGCAAACCAAACCCCUGAGCCAAACAACUUCAUGGUCUAGAGGUAGAGGAGCAGACCCCUCACACCAGGUAAGUCUAGCUGAGUAUUAAUAUGCUCAACCUUACUUGUGGCAUAAUUUUACAGGUACAACUUUAGCUGAGUUGGGCUUCAGAUUUCUCGUCACCUUGCUUCUAUGUGUAGCAAUACAUACAAACAAUCAAAUAAUAGAUAUGGUAACACUACACCAAAGAUGAAAAUAAACCACACAGUAAUAUUCUAUGCAUCACUACGAGAUCGUAGGUUCGAGAAACAUUAAAAUCGGAGUUAAAACAAAGAAGUUGUGGGUAAAACAAUUUUUUAGGCGUAGAUGUUGCAUUUAAAUUAAGAAUGUAUUAAAUCGAAAUAUUUGAGUUGAUAUUAAUUACUUUAACAAUUAUUUAUAAAAAACGUAUGUUAAAACUAUAAAUUAGAUUAACUAGAUUGCCUAUCUAAUUAACAUUAAUUAAACAAUUAAUUAAUUAAUUAAUUAAAACAUGUGGCAUCAUUGAAGGAAACGUGUGACGCCUGAGGGGUGAAUUAGGAUUUCUAAAACUUUCUCUAAACUAGGCCAUAAAUAAAUGCCUAGAGCAAAAUCUAUGUAAAUAAACAAUCUAGAAUGAGCAAACUAUGUUUUGUCUAAGUGUUGCUAUCUCUACCGCAAUGCCUAAGUUUCAAUCCUAAACAAUCUAAGUAUAAAGACUAGAUUGAAACUUAAAUGCUUAAUAUAGAUGCAGAAGCUAAAGAGCAAGGUAGAGAUGCAAACUCUCGUGGAUGACGUCGGUAUUUUUACCAAGGUAUCCGGAACCACACAAGAUCCCGACUAAUCCUCGUUGGUGCCCCUACGCAAAGGGAAGCCCACACGAGGGCCAAGCACCUCGGUCGAGUUACUCCGUAGAGAGCCGUGAGCCUUCUCCACGCGCAAGUGGUGCUCCACUUCCGUCUCCUCUCGGACGCUCCCCGCCAUCUCCACUAACGAGCUUUCGUCCAAAACGCCGUGGGCCUCGUUCCCUCCGGUACACGGUGGCGGCCGUGACACAAACUCGCUUGUCACGGUCUCGCAAGACUCUUGCCCCACUCGGUACAAUUACAACGGCUCAUGCAAGAGUCGAUGGGUUGUGUGGUUUUUCUAAACUCACUUAACUAACUAGGAUUCACCUAGAGCAAGCGCUAAUGCGGUCUAACUAACCUAAGCACUUCGCAAAGCACCUACGCUAAUCACCGAGUGAUUCUAUUAUGCACUUGGGUGUAUGAGCACUUGAAAAUGUCUAUACUAUGCCUUGUUAUGUUUCUUGGACUCCCACACCUUGAAAUGGUCGGUUGAGGUGGUAUUUAUAGGCCCCAACAUAAUUCUAGCUGUUGAAGAAAAGCUACUGCUCUCUACGGCACAACACCCAGAAUUUGCUUGCACGAUGUCCGCGCAAGAGAAAAUAAAAAAACGGUUGUUACCGGUGCUUCCUCCUAAGUCGUGAUUAGGUGGGGUCUUUUCUCUUUUUCUCUUUUCAAUUUUCUGUUUGCAUUUUAUUUUCUAUUUCUGGCUUCUAAUUUCAUAUUUUCAAAUCAGUUUGUAUUUCAAAAUUCAAAUUUUGUUUGGAUGCAACAACCAAAAGUAUUCAGCAUGAAAUACAAAGUGUAUAAAUAAGUAAAAAUGCUUCAAAACA